AUUGACUGCGUGUGCAUUUUUUGGCUUUGUUUCAGAAAGCGAUUUUACAAUUGGUCCGCUACAACUUGUAUGCUUUUAACUUAACCGUUCUCCCCUAACCAUAAAUAGCUUAAAAUAAUAACCAGGGACGAAAAUAUGAGCCAUUGUGAAACUAGUCAAGUUGCAGUUAUACCGAUGUGAUGGUAAUUGGAAGCUGCAGAAGGUAUUAAAAUGGAUACUGAUGACUUUUUGAAGACGAUUGUUAUCAAUUCCAACUUUGAUUUAAAAGAAACACUAUCUAAACUUGUUUCUGCCACAGAAAGUAGAUUGAAAGCUGGGUUCCAACAGGCAGACAUAAAUUUAUACAUUCAUGAAUUAGCAACAAUCAAUCAAGUUUUGAUUUCUGGUGAAGGGUUUUUUAAUAAAGAGAACAAGAAUUACCUGAUAACAACUUCUGACCGAAUAAUAGGGAACAUUUGUGAGCCACUAGUGCAGUCUGUCCUUCCCUCAACUGACUCCGGCACAAACCUGCAGGUUCUCCUUGGUGUUCUUGGCCAGCUGUAUUCACAAUGUGCUCUGGUAGAUGAGGAGACACUGAAGAAUGCUUUGUGCAGAUUAGAAGGACAUAUUAACAUCUUCCUGAAUGAGAAACUUUCAAAGUCAAACUUUGAAAGUGACAAGGGUUUGGUAGACUUCCGUACAGUCAUUGAGGUUCUGAAGUAUAUCGUAAGUGCAGUCUGUAAGAGACCUGACUUCAAGUGGACCAAGGAGCAGAAUGAAAAACUAGAUGCCCUGUUUGAAAAACUAGUGACAUCAUUGGACAUUCUAACUGUGAAUGUGAUAGGUACCCUGUGUAUUCCUGUUUUGUUGAAGAUUUUGAAAAUAAAUGAAAUAUCAUACACUGAAAAUGUAAGGAAAGUGUGGUCACAAAUUCUGCUAUUUUCUACUUCCUCUGUUGAAGAUAAAAGGAAACCAUUCAUUCUGCUUUGUGGAUUUGCCAAUCAAUUCUUCCCAGUAGAUGGAAAUGUAUGCAACUUGGAUAUACGUCGAGACACUCAAUUUUGGACAAUUUUACAGGCAGGUCUUCAUAGUAAGGAUUCAUUGAACAGAAAAAGGGCAUUAUACUUGUUGAAGCGUAUUGUUGACAUCUGUGAGAGAGAUGGGGCUGAUGUCAGCAGUGAGGGUGACAGUGGUUCCGGUCAACAUGUGGGGCAUAGUGAGGGGAGACAUCCUGUGUUCUGGUGGGAGAGGGGGCAGAGCAAAGCACUGUCCAAGGUCUGGGAGGACUUCAUCCUGCUGGCAGAGGUCCUGGAGGAAAAACAGGUUCAUGUGAUCAAGCCACUUUUGCCUCGCAUGGACACCUUACUGAAAGCCUGUACACUGCCAAAAGAAACUGGGCGUGCACUACUGCACACAUCAUGGUUGAAGGUGGUGCUGUUACGCUGCUCGCUCCAUGAGAGUCUACAGGUGAUACGCUGGGGGGCAAACACCGCCCUCGCUCUGGAUGUCAGGCACUGUCCCGUCAUUGAACAGGGCUUUCUCAAGUACCUGUCCGGGGAAAUGCUGCUUUCUCUCCGGGAACCCAAGCUCUAUGUCAGGGAGGUUGGGUCUGGCACAGGGUCAAUGCCGCAGAUAGCUGAGAGACUCGUCACUUUCUUUCAGGGAUGCUGGCAUGCUCUACCAUCCUCUCACAGAGGUGUGUAUUUCUGUGGAACAGUGGAGACGCUUUGUGGGGGGGAUUGGGGUCCGAUCCCGCUCCUGUUCACCUUACGUGCCCUGGCUGCCUUGCCCCCUGCACCCUGCCUCGAUGCCAACACGCUACGUGCUACCAGGAAGUGGUUGACAGCAGACCUUGUUUCCAUGUAUUCGUUCUACCGAGGAAUGAUUCAGGUGUUCUUCGUUAAAAUUCUCACCAAACUUAUUGACAAGACACUGGUGCCACUGGAAGAGGUACUCCAGAUUCUGAGCCUUGUAGGGCGGGAUGAAUGUCUGGUGAGGGGAUCUGUAGUCUGGCAGGACUGUGUGCAGUUCCUGGCACAGCCAGUGGAGGAUGACACAUCAGGGUGGUCAGGAAGAGGAAUAAAGAUGUACAUACACAAGAUUCUGAAACAAUACCUUGAGACUAGCAUUGAUUCCAAAUAUAGCACUGCAGAUAGUGUUCCUGCGCUGACAGUUGCCAGGCUGGUGAUGUUGACUUCCACAGACACCAUGGCAACCAAAAUGGAGGAGUCUCCGUGUAAGACAGUUGCAGAAGUGUGUGAGCAGGUGAUCUCUGUGGUCAACUCCAUCAACUCCCACGUCUAUAUGUCCCCACACCUGGCAGACAAGGCUCUACUCCUCCUCAACAUGCUCGCUGAUGAAAUGGGUCUCUCUGCAUGGAGUAGUGAUGAUCCAGUGAGUGUGAUCCUGCAGGGAACAGUGGAUCGUUGCAAGGGGGAGAUGGUGAGGUACAUCUCAACACAGAUCAUCCAAGGAUGCACACAGAUGGGAGAUGUGUGGAGGAUACAGUUGUACAUGGACAGUGUGUCAAUGCUGGGCAAGGCUGGAGGCGGGCACCCAGGGCAGGGCGCAGAUCUCUAUCGUCUCCUGGAAACCUGUAUAACACCCUUCCUUAAUCUCCAGUUCACUCAGAGUUCUGGUCUCCAUGAGAAGCUGCAACAGCUUGGAUGUAUGGGCGUUUUGGGAACUGUGGCCAAUUUUCUGUCCAACAGUCCGGCAACACAGGCUUGCAGUGAUCUGAUUGGUCAAUUAAGUGACUUCAUGAAGAAGUGGAAAAUUAUUACUAAUUUCAAUAAACCCACCAUGGACAUAAGUGUGAAUAAGCAGGAGUGGGGCAAGUUCAGUUCCCAGUUCCUGACCAGCCAAUGGCAGGUGGUGCAGCUCGUGUUGGACAGGAGUUGUGGACCCUGUCUUGACAUCCAAGAGUUACUGCCCCUGGCACGGGAAGCCCUCACCGUAGGGGUGGAGGAAACUGCUAUUGUUGUCUUAAAGUGCCUCAAGCUGGCCAUUUCAAAGAACACUGUUGGUGAAGAAGCUCUCUGUGACAUUCUGGAUGGGAGCUGGAUGUGCCUGCAGGGGGCCCGUCGCACCAUCACGUUCUGGGAUGUACUGGAUGCCUUCACCUGCCUUGCCUUCCACCCUGCCUUGCUUGUAAGCCCCAAAAACUCACCUGUCAUCGCCAAACUAAACAUUUAUGCAGAGGGUUUGCUAGAGCUGGGCCAGGACAAGAACGGUGUGGUGAACGCGAUGUGCGACCAGCUGUACGCGGGCCUCACUGGACCUGGCAUGAUAAUCAAUGCCAGCAAGUUUGUCCCGCUCAUCGUCCAGCUUUGCAUGUUUGGCAACCUCGUCCAGAGGUGUGUCAGGCAGGUGUAUGAUAUUUGUGCAGCCCUGGAGAUGACCCGAGAACACUGCCCAGACAACCCACGACUCAACAUAGUGAAGAAUGAAGACAUUGAGGUAAAGGUGAAGGUCAUCUCCCUGCUGUGUCACCUUGACCCCAGUGACCCUUCCCACUGCCACCUAGCAACCAGCGUUGUCAAGGAGUGUCUGAAGAAGUAUGUUGCUGUGUCUAAGGGCUCUGCUAACCGGUUUUCUAACAGCCUCGUUCACCGUCAAAGACAUCGCCUCAUACAGACUGUGCUGCUCCUCCAAGGUCUUGUAACCAAGGAUUAUGUAGAUGAGCUUUGGGCAGAGAUGUGGGUGAGUCUGGAGGUGGAGACCCAGCCAUCUGUCCGCCACAUUCUCGAGUGGGUCAUAAUCUGGGCUCUUCACAGACACCAGCACCUGCGACUACAACUCUGGAGCAUCUUUGACAAGUACCGUAACACCAAACACCUGACCAUGAGCUCACUUCUGUGCAUUGUAAUACAUCUGGGACCCAAACUGCCCAAGGAAGAGCAGGAGGUGUUCUACAGGCAAGCCCUGGGUAAUGUGUUACCGUGGUGCAUGGCACACCACUUUCAGACACGACUCUACUCCCAGGCUGUCCUCUCCAAGCUGUGGGCCCAGGCUGGUCGCCUCGGGCUCACAGCCAUACACACAGCCAACCCCAUCCUCCAGACCAUCGUAGACUUCAACCAGGAGAACAGGAAUUCUACGAAAAAUGUCAGAAAACUGCUGGACAGUUUUUUCUUCAAGUUCCUAGACUUCAAAGAUGAUUUUUCACUCGAGACAUUGUAUAAGGUGAUGCCCCAGAUGACGGGGUUGUCAGAAGAGGACUGGAUUGCCCCGGAGUUGUUCCCCAUGACGUGCCCAGCCUGGGCCUUAGGGAGUGGCCCCACCUUCAUCAACAUCCGUAACCCCCCUAACCAGUUUGACAAGUGUGAUCCUUCACUGUGGAAAUACACAACCCUGAAGUUGGCUGAGGCAGAGGUUGAGGAGGGUGGCGGGGAGCGGGACGUUCAGAAGAAGAUAAUGCCAUGGCGACAGAUGCUGCUGGAGGAGGAGGUUGUGUCUGAGGUCGAUCACGGAGUCAAGGUUGGCCCUACUGAUGGGCUGGUUGUUGUUACGUCCCUCAUUAACAAGGUUCCCAACCUGGGAGGAUUGUGUCGAACCAGUGAGAUAUUUGGUGUGUCUGAGUAUGUGUUGGGGAAGCUACAGUAUGUCGAGGACACAAGCUUCCAGGGCCUCAGUGUCACUGCCCACAAAUGGAUCCCCAUCACUGAGGUGCACGAGACCGACCUGAGUGAUUACCUGCAGCAGAGAAGACAGGCUGGCUACACCCUUGUUGGCGUGGAGCAGACGGCAAACAGUGUCUCCCUCACAGACUACACAUUCCCAACAAAAACACUCUUGCUUCUAGGUAACGAGAAGGAGGGAAUCCCUGUGGAUCUAAUCUCACAGCUGGACGUGUGUGUGGAGAUCCCCCAACAAGGCGUCAUACGCUCCCUGAAUGUGCAUGUCAGCGGGGCAAUACUCAUCUGGGAGUAUCGCCGCCAGCAACUCAUGAAGGAAACAUCAUCAUCCUCAUGAUAUUUAUAUUUUAAGUGUUUUACUAGCUUCAUGAAAUGUUUUGGAUAAUGUUUGGUCAUUGGAUAUAAUAAAUUAGCUAUAUGUUG